UUCCAGCCGGCCCACACAGUGCUGAAAGCGAACGCGCGCCACUCGGCGGUGGCAGUGGACAAACUGAAGGAUUAAUUAAGGACCUGCUUAACCAGCUUAAUCAGCAGCCACAUCACCGAAAUCUACAACUGCUAAAUGUCCAAAGUGAGUCCAGUUAAGUUGGCCAUUUGGAUCAGCACAAAAACCGAAAAAGUGUCAUCUGGUGGUCCCUCCAUGGCGGCGAAGCUGCUGGCCAUACUGCUCCUGCUGGUGGCAACGGGAGUGCAGGCGCGGCGUCUGGGCCACCGACGCCUCAUCAUCCACGUGCCGGUCAAGGUGAAGACGCACCACCACACCCACACCGUGUACAAGGUGCUCCACGGAUCACAUGGCGGCGGCGGAGGUGUGAAGCAAACGGUGUACAAAGUGCUUGGCUUCUCCACACACGGAGGUGGCAUUGCCAAGGGCGGCGGCGGAGGAGUAGGAGGCGUUGGCCAUGGAGGCUACGGAAGCUACGACAUGGGCAGCAUGGGAGGAAUGGGACACGGCGAAAUCACAUACGAGGACAUGCACGGCUGCGAGAGCGGCAAGGUGAUUCCGGCGGCCAGGGACAUGAUUUUCAAUCACUACUCGCGGCACGACCAGAGCGAUGGAACUGCCGAGGAUUACGCCGAGGAGCUGGACGACUUUGUAGACCUAAGGGAUGGCUGGUUGUGAAUAAAGAGACGUGUGCGCAAA